AAAUUGCAAGCUGAGGUUUGGCGCCUUCGAAAUUAAGCUCACUCACACUUCCAUUUGUUAUUAUUCUCCACAAUCAUCACUUCACAAUUUCGCAGUGCUCUCUCCAUGGCUUCUCCCACCCAAUCAUCUCUUAUCUCGAAGCUCCAAACCUCCAAUUCCACCGGCAUUCACGCCCUAGUCUCCGAUUACCUCCGUCCCUUCUCAGAUAUCAAACCUUCCUCUUCCAAACAAGACCAAACCCUAAUUCGACAACUAGCAAAACGUUUUAUACCAUUCAUCAAUAACUCCUUAUCAAUUAUCCCCAAACGUCUUCCACAACUUUCCAAUUCCAACGAACUCCUAACUCUCGAGUUUUUCGACAUUUACAGUCUUUGUUUGGAUUGCUUAGAAGCAGUUUGUUCUCAAUUGGAUUCUAAACCGUUUCAGAUUUAUUUCCAGAGACUUCGAUUGAUAAAUUGCUUUGAGUCUUGUAAUCGGUUCAAUGAGGCCGAAGCUGAAGGAUUGAAGCUUUUAAAGAGGAUUCCGGUAGUGAUAAAGAAAGGGAAGAUUCUUCCUGAAAUAGGAAAAAGUGGUCGAGAUGAUAAAGAUUUAUUCAUAUUGGUUGUAGAGAUUGCUGCGGUAUUAGUGAGGUGUGCAUCAGUGGCUUCCGAUAAAGAAAAUGGUCACUUCAGUACAGUGCUUCGUUUGAUGGAUGAAGUAAAGCCAUGGCUUAGGGGAUUGGAUUCCAAUUCGCAUGAGAAAUUGCACAAAAUGUUAGUAAUUCACUUGGGUAAAUGUGCUUUAAAUUUACUUGGAAAUAUGUCACUAUCUGAUGAAGAUCUGGUGAUAACUUUCUGUCGAACGGCAUUGAUUGAGUACGCGAAGUCUUCAAUUAAAGAUCAAUUGCAUAAGACUGCCUACAGGAUGUGCUCCAUACUUUUCAAAUUGGAGGAGAAUAAAUACUUUUAUGUCAUGGAUAUACUGGAUUGUGUUGCUAGUGAAAGCAAGGUUGAAGAGGGAAAUGGUGGAACAGAGUUUGUUGAACUUGUAUAUUAUUGUGUCAACAAAUGUCAGACUGCAAAUGCAAGUUUUUGUCAUACGUUUGCAGCACAUCUGAACAAAACAGCAGAACAUUAUAAAGAGGCAAUAAAACCCCUUAAUUCAAUACUGAGGCUCUAUGCUGCUGGGUUGCUCCUACUUAGCUGUAAUCUGAGGUCUAGAGCUGAAGAUCUUGUAUCCUCUGGCAGUGCAAAAUUUGAAUGUUUGCUGGGAACUUUACUUGAAAAUAAAAACAUACUACAAAGUUCACCACCUUUGCUUGGUUCCUUGCAUAUUUGCAGCAGAAGUAGUUGUAUGUCAUCCGGUGUUGAAGACCAACACUUUGAUAGCCACACAUGCACACAGUCAGCUUCUGUUACUUACCUAUCAUUUUACAUAGAGGCAUUAGAAUUUCUAUGCCAACCGCUUGCUACAUCAGUAAAUUCUGAGAGGAAACAGUUACUAUCUGAAAAGGGUGAUGCUUCUGCUAUGACUAUGCUUUCCACCGUUGUAGAUGCAUUUCAUGUCCUUUGUCAACUUAUUCUUCAUAGUCCAAGCUUUACAUUUGAAAAGAGUGGAAACGAAUUUUGCGUAAAGAGUAGAACAGUGCUCAAAGUAACUUUAGCAGCUUUCUUUCUUUCUAUCAAAACCACUCAUAAACUCCAGGAGAGCACACAAUUGGUCAAGGAUAUCAUUGCUAGCAAGUGGAUUGAUACAGAAGGGUUACAAUACAUAAUUACUUGUCUCUAUAAUAUUGCAAUAAUUUUGUACAGAAACAAGCAACCAAAAGAGGCUAUAAAGGUUCUAAACUUGUGCUGUAAAGCAUCAUGGCUCUGUAUUAAAUUCCACUGUGGUAAUCUAUCAGAAGGUGCUUUGAAAGAGUUUGUAAUCGAUGCUUGCACAAGAAGUGCUCUACUUUUAGAUUUUCUCGAUGACACCAACAGCCUUAAGAUAAUAAAGAAAUUGAUCGAGACCCUUCAAAACUGGUCCAUUGCUAAUGAUAUGUUUGAGAAGCUUCCAGCUCCUAUACCUGUAGUGAAGCAGUGGGUGAAGAUAGAAUGUAGACGUGCUAAGGAUGUGGAUGAUAGAGUUGAUUCUCCUAGCUUAUACUGUCUGUUGUCUUCUUCUACAAAAUUGUCAAAGAGGAACCUUGGCACAAUCUUAGAGCAGGAACUUACUGCAUACGAGGAAAUGAGUCACAAGUACCCAGAAUUCUGUCAGAAAAUGCAAAUGAAAAUCACGAAUAUCCUCCUUCAAGAUAUAUAUAUCACACAUGAUAGCUGUUUUCAAAAGGCACAAACUCUAGUCAGAAAGGGAAAGGCAUUAAGGUUUUUCGGCACAGGUGGUCUCAGGGACUGCAUUCAGUGUUUGUCAGAAGCAAUAAUCAUUAUGAAGGAGAUUUCUGGUGUGAUGUGUACCAAAGCAAUUACCUUUUAUCAUCAGUUGUGUGUGGCUUAUUGUCUACGCGCACUAUGCACGCAGGAAGCUGAACCUUGUUCUGAGCAAACUUUUGAAGAUGUCAAGGCUGCUUUGGAUCUAUGGUUGGAAAUGUUCUGUGUGGAUUGCUUUGAAGAGGGAGAAUGUUUUCCAUUGUGUGACAGUAUAGUUAUUCUUCUUUAUAACAUAAUUGAUUUAUUAUACUUGAAGGGUUUCAUGGAACUCUUCAACGAUGCAUACCGGCUGGUGAUCAGAAUGUUCAAAUUGAAGAGUAUCUCAAUCGAGAAGUGGUUGACCUUAUUGUGGGAAAGUAGAAGGCUUAGUCACGCUCUUUGUGUUUCACCUGUGAAUGAAGCAUUCAUCCGGAAUUCAUUGGACGAGUUUAGUGAUCUUUCGAAUAUUAAUUUCUGGAUGCGUAAUCUUCAGGGAAACCAAUCAUCAUUAAUAGGGUUUCAACAGAAUUUCUCUUUUUUGUUUGCAAGUUCUCAUAGGAAUUCUUGUGAUCAUGGUGUUUCUUUUCAAGUAGACCUCACAGUUGAUGAAGUUAAAAAAGCUGCACAUGAACUGAUGUCAAAUGUUCCUGUUCCAAAUCAUUGUACUUUUCUUGCUGGGUAUCUUUACAGUGAUCUGUGCCAAAGAUUCACUGCAAAUGGGCAGUUAAUAGAGGCUCUUUCAUUUGCAAAAGAAGCUCAUAGAUUACAUGCCAAACUGUUCAAGUUGAACUUUUCACACAAUGCUCGGAAGAGUAGUGAAGAGCAUAAUGUAACAGUUGAUUUCUCGAAGAAUCUUAUGGAUGGUAUCGAUAAAAUGGAAGUAAACAUGUCAGUUGCCAGGGAAGUUUUUCUUUUUGAUUCGAUAACAUGGGACUUAAAAGACAAUUAUCUUAGUCCGUGGAAAAUUAUGCAGUGUUAUCUUGAGAGCACUCUUCAGAUAGGAAUCAUCUAUGAAAUUAUUGGAGAUGGAACUGAGGCUGAAACCUAUCUCCGUUGGGGGAAAGCAAUAUCCUGUUCCCUUCAGCUGCCUUUGUUUAUAGUUGCUUUCUCUUCCCUCUUAGGAAAACUGUACGUUAAGAAAAGACUUGGGGAUUUGGCAGAGAAGGAACUUGAAUGUGCCGAGAAGAUUUUAAAAAAUAGCAGCACACCAUUUUGUUGCUCAAAGUGUAAAUUAAUACUUGAAGUUACUCUUUUUGAGUAUCGUGGAGAUUUGUGUCAAAGUAAAUUUAACACUUGUGAAGAGGUUGCUUCUGAAGAGACUGCAAAAAAUUGGUACACAUCAGCUCUGAAUAUAUUAACCUUUUCUGAAUGGAAAAACCCUCUGAGCUGUCCUGAAGAUGACAAGGAUGCAACUGGAAUAGAUUCAAAAUGUGCUGCCGGAAUAACCUGUACUUGCUCUUUAAUGGAUGAAGCGGGUGAAGAUGUUGUAAAAUCUACAAAAGCAGGGCUAGGAAGCAAAAAUGGACCCAAACAAAUUAGAAAGACUAAAAACACAGCAAAUAUUAUAUCAAAGGAACCAAACAUAGUUGUUGAGAAUAAAACAAGGGUAACCCGUUCUAGAUAUCGAACUAUACAGAACCAGCUUACAGACACUUCUAGGAAGUCAGAAGUCGAUGUAAGUGUUGAAGGGAACCAAGUUUCUGGUCCAUCUGACAUGCUUAGUCACAAGGAGUCAAUUUCGAAGGAGAUAGGUUGCAGUAUUUCUUCAAGGUGUGCGAUAACAGGUGUUUCAUCUAAAAUGAGGUGUUGGCAUUGCCUCCCCUAUGAAGUUGUGAAAUCUGGGUUAUUGAUGGAUUUUAUUAAUCUGAAAUGGGAGUUUGUUCGGAGGAAACUUUCAAUGCAGCUACUCACCCGAAUAGUGAAGUGUUUUGCAUAUCCUGUUCAAAUUGAUGAAGCACGGAAAGUUCUUCUAAGAAGCAUAUCACUUCUGAUUGGCCGAAACCCAUUUUGCCACACAUUUUCAUCUAUUCCUCUAGAUUUUUUUCACCAAUUGGUUGCAAAGGAGAUACCAGGAGAUGUAUUUGCUAUUGAGCGUGCAGAGAUAGUUUAUAGCUUAUGUUGGCAUUCGUUGAAGUGCUACCAUUCCAAGUUUACAAGGAACAUUUUUUGUAAUCUAUCUUACAUCAAGUUUGAAGACCUUGCUUCUUGGCUGAUGGUAGCCUUUGUACUCUCUCGUGAGGUUCCCAUAGUUUUUCAAAAGGUGUCUAAACUACUUGCUGUGAUGUAUGUGGUUUCUUCCUUGAGCGAGCAAUUUUCAUUGCCUUUUGUUGGCAAAGUUUUCGAUGCAAAUUAUUGGUCUUCAUAUUUCCACCAAGCUUCAAUUGGAACUCAUCUUAAUUACCAGUUUCUUUCACAUUUAACUGGGAAAUGCAAGUUUCAGGGUCCAUAUGUUACCGGAUCUUCUUGCAUCAGAGAAGAGACAUUUGACUCACUCAGGAUUGUUCCUGAAGCCACCGUAGAUCUUAUAGAAUAUGUGACGAAGUUUUUUGCUGGUCUUCCAUUCACAACCAUCAUCAGUAUAAGUUUGCUUGAGCACGAAUAUACUAGUUUACUACAGGAGUUGUUGUCUUAUCCUGCAUGUGUUCGAGCAUGGGUGUUGGUUUCACGACUGAAUUCUAAGACUGAACCUGUUGUAAUGUUAUUGCCAGUAGAUUCUAUUUUACAAGAUGAGGGUGAUCUGGGUUCUUGUUCAGACCCCUUUCCUAUGCUUGAGAAACCUAGUGAAGACUGGCAUUGCCCAUGGGGUUAUACAGUAGUUGAUGACAUUGCUCCAGCCUUCAAAACCAUUUUGGAAGAGAAUCACUUGUCAACAAUAAAACCUUCUGAAGAUACAGAACAGAAUAGGAUGUUGUGGUGGAAGCGAAGAAAGAACCUUGAUCACCGUCUUGAUAAAUUGCUGAGGAACCUUGAAGAUUUGUGGUUUGGCUCAUGGAAGUGCUUGCUUCUUGGAGAAUGGUUGAAUUGCAAAAAUUUUGAGUUGGUGCUUAACAAUCUUGUGAGUGAUCUAAGAUCUAAAUGCAAAUUGAAUAUAAAUGAGGGUCUUCUUAAAAUUAUUCUUGGAGGCUCCAAAAAUGAUUGUAAAGGGAAGACAUUAGUUUCACAGUUAUGCUCAAAGAAAGACUGCUACUUUGCUAAAGGAGGUUUUUGUGAUGGAGCUAGUAGUGGGAUAUUGUUAAAUGAAGCCAAUAAAUUAAUGUCAUCAGAGGUUGCUUUUGAACUUUUAAAUGAAGCAUUAAAUGAAUUGGAAGUGGACGACUCUGUAAAAAGGGAGCCUGUAAUUCUUGUGUUGGAUUAUGAGGUGCAGAUGCUCCCUUGGGAAAACUUGCCCAUACUGAGAAACCAGGAAGUUUAUCGCAUGCCUUCAGUUAGCAGCAUCUCUGCUGUUCUUGAUAAAGGCAACAACCAUAACAAACAAGUGGGCAGGAAUUUGGUUACCUUUCCUUCUAUUGAUCCUAUGGAUGCUUUUUAUUUAUUAAAUCCAGAUGGUGAUCUCCGUUGCACUCAACUUGAAUUUGAGAAUUAUUUUAGAGAUCAAAACCUUCAGGGAAAGGCAGGUUCUAAGCCCACCGUCAAAGAAUUGGUUUCUGCAUUGGAAAGUCAUGAGCUUUUUAUAUAUUUUGGACAUGGAAGUGGAGCACAGUACAUUCCCAGGCAUGAGAUUCAGAAACUACAUAAUUGUGGUGCUACAUUUUUGAUGGGGUGCAGCAGUGGUUCGUUGACUUUAAAUGGGAGCUAUGCGCCACAAGGUGUCCCCCUUUCAUAUCUGCUGGCGGGUUCCCCAUCGAUCGUUGCUAAUCUGUGGGAAGUAACAGACAGGGAUAUAGAUCGGUUUGGCAAGGCUAUGCUUGAUGCAUGGUUGAAAGAAAGAUCAGAAGUCGCAAUGCCAUGCUUGCAGUGCAACUUACUAUCCGAAGAAUCUGAGGCCAUGAAUUUGAAGGGCGGCAAGGGAAGAACAAAGAGAAAAGUCCCAAAGAAAAAAUCACGAGAGUUGCUCGAGAGCGAUUCACCUGCAAACCACUGUAGUCACAGACCCAAAAUUGGGGCUUUCAUGGGACAGGCACGUCAAGGUUGCGUCCUUCCUUUCUUGACAGGGGCAUCUCCCAUAUGCUAUGGUGUUCCUACUGGAAUUUGGAAGAAAAAGGAUACUUAACCUUACCAACUCAACAAGUCACCUCCACAACAACUCUUAACGGUGAAUUGUAUUAAAGAGGUUCCUCCAUCCCAAUUCUCCAAGUCAUCUCACUAAACAAGAACCCUACAAUGCUAACUUUUAACAGUCCGUAUAAUUUAUUUAUUCUUGACCCCUGAAGAUGGGGUCAUACAAACCGAGAUUUCAUUCUUCUAGGGAGUUGUACACCAUGACCACUAAUUGAGCCUUGCUUGGGCUGUCCAUUAUUUGAUUAAUUGACUUUUGUGUAAAUGUGUAACUGUAAUGUAAGCUUUCUUGGAAACAUAGAAGUAGCUAGUUAUUUAUACCCAGGGACGACAACCCCCUGUCCUGAAAGGAGCAGGGUACUCAAUAAUUAUGUAGAAAUUGAUAUCUGACAUAAUAUACAAGUGGAUAUCUCAUUCAAUUUAACUUUUA